UACCCCUACUUUGUGGAGGUAGAGAGAAUAUUACUGAUAGACUCUCAACUCAAGUUUGUAUACAAGUAGUAUGCCAAAAAAUAGAAAAACUAUGGUUUUCUAUGAAAGAAACCCAUUCUUCUCGACAAACAAGGAAUAUCAUGGGUGCACCAAAAAUAAAAUAAGUGAUAAGAGGCUAUUCCUCAAAUUCACAAAAUUCAUCUCUACCCCUUCAAAAUCUCUUCCAUUACUCUCUCCAAAUAACACAUAAGUGCUAAUGGAGCAAUUGACCAAGCCAGGUUUUGCAGAAGCAACAAACUUAACUUUUCUCAAAAGGAAGAUAAGUAUAGAAGCAAAGAAAAGCAAACCAAUUACUAGAUGUCCCUGCUAUCAUUGCUUGUAUACCACCUUCUCCCCACUUCCGUUUAGAAGCCUCCGCCCCUUCCAUUGACUAGUUCAAUUUUGCCCUCUCCCGACCCUAUGACCCUGUCCAAACACCCCAUGUUUAGCAUGUCAUUGUUCUUCUUGAUAGUCUCUCUCUUUGAGUCUGUUGGUUCACAAUUCUCUCUCUAAAAGAAUGUUACAUUGCCUUAGUCCAGCUUGAAAAGCAUUUUGACUCUUUAUCUUCCAAACUAUCUAUUCCAAAUGAGACUCCUGCUUUGACUAUACGCUCUUGUCAAGAAAUUGAAUUAUAAACUUCCUCACCCCCAACCUCCCAAUGUUGAAAUUUGUAAAGAACAUGGUCUAUUUUAAGCAAUGUCCGGAGGUGGGAUUUUGGUUGUGUUAGGGAACUAUUGGUAGGACCGUAGAAGUGGCAUGGUAGAUAUUGAAGAAGCCAAGGCUUGUUUAAAAUUCAUAUCAGAUUGGAAGAAAUUUUGACCGAUGAAUGGUUGGUCAAGGGGGCAUAACGGGAGAGUUCGACUUGAAGGAUUUAAAUUUUGCAUUGCACUAUUUAGAAACAAAUGAGGGAGCUCAAGUAUCCUUUGAAGUCAUUCAGAUAAUAAUCUGGAUGAACUUGAGAUCUCAACAACCAAGGAAGAAGAUCGAGCUGUCCUACUUGAAGGAGGUCUGUCAAAAUCUGCAUCUGUGAAGUUGUCAAGUUCAUCAAUAAAAACAAACAUAAUUAGGUUUCUAACAAUGGAGGAUGCAUUUUUGCUAGAAAAUCGAGCAACUCUAAGAGCAAUGUCUGAAUUUGGGGGAAUCCUGGUUUAUUAUUAUCUCUGUGACCGUACAAAUCUCUUUACAGAUUCUACGAAGAGCUACAAUCGUGAUCUCUUCAUCUUUCUGUAUAUUCUUCUGAUCAUAGUUUCGGCAAUGACUUCUCUCAAGAAACAUAAUGACAAAUCAGCAUUUUCUGGCAAAUCAAUACUUUAUCUUAACCGCCAUCAGACAGAGGAGUGGAAGGGAUGGAUGCAGGUUCUCUUUUUGAUUUAUCAUUAUUUUGCUGCAACAGAGAUAUACAAUGCAAUUAGGAUUUUCAUUGCCGCAUAUGUAUGGAUGACUGGUUUUGGGAACUUCUCCUAUUAUUACAUAAGAAAGGAUUUUAGUCUAGCUCGGUUUGCUCAGAUGAUGUGGAGGCUGAAUUUCUUUGUAAUAUUUUGCUGUGUUGUUCUCAACAAUGACUACAUGCUGUAUUACAUCUGCCCGAUGCACACACUUUUUACCCUGAUGGUUUAUGGGGCCCUUGGCAUUGGUCACAAAUACAACGAGAUAAAAUCAGUGAUGGCUUUGAAGUUUCUUAUGUGCUUUGUUGUGGUUAUCUUGGUUUGGGAGAUUCCUGGGGUGUUUGAAUUUCUUUGGGGUCCUUUCGCCUUUAUGUUAGGCUAUACUGAUCCAGCUAAGCCGGAUCUCCCCCGACUGCAUGAAUGGCAUUUUAGAUCUGGGCUUGACCGCUAUAUAUGGAUUAUUGGCAUGAUAUAUGCCUAUUUUCACCCAAAUAUUGAGAAGUGGAUGGAGAAACUGGAGGAAUCUGAAUCAAAGCGGAGACGAACAAUUAAGUCAUCCAUCUGUGCAGUAACUUUAAUUAUCGGGUACUUGUGGUUUGAAUACAUAUACAAGCUGGACAAGACAGCUUACAACAAACUCCACCCCUACACAUCAUGGAUUCCCAUUACUGUAUACAUAUGCUUGCGUAAUUUCACUCAGGAGCUGCGGAAUUUCUCUCUGACACUCUUUGCGUGGCUCGGCAAAAUUACCUUAGAAACCUACAUCUCCCAGUUCCACAUAUGGCUGAGAUCAAAUAUGCCGAAUGGACAGCCUAAAUGGCUCCUUUCAUUUAUCCCUGGCUAUCCUAUGCUUAAUUUCAUGCUGACAACAGCAAUUUAUGUCUUGCUAUCCUGUCGGCUUUUUGAACUAACCAACACACUAAAAUCCGUUUUCGUACCCACAAGAGAUAAUCAGAGGCUGCUCCACAACUUUAUUGCUGGUGUCGCGAUUUCUGUGUGUUUAUACAGCAUUUCCUUUAUUCUUGUUCAAAUCCCUCAUUAAUGAAACCAUUUAUCUGGACUGCUUCGUUUUGGCAAUAUGGCUAAGGCCCAGAAUGCUAGAAAGUUAAAAGGAUGAAUGUGGAACUGAAGUAGUAAUAGAAUUCAAUUCUUUGAUGGGGAUACAGAUGAUAAUACCCAGCCAGAGGUUGUGUAAGUAUGUUUUUCAACAAUUUUGUCAAGUGUCACUUGCAUUUACCAAGUUAUGAUUAGUUGAAAACGAAGAAUUCCCAGUUUUUGGCUAUUCAAAGUUGGGAGAAAAAGCAAUGGAAGACGGAGGAAGGAAAUCAUGUGUAUAGUGUAUUCGUUCCUUUUCUUUUUCAUUUUUCCUUUUGACGCUCGGUAUAUUUUUUCUCCAUUCAACACACUUGAUUAAUUAAUUGGAAAUGCAAAUAUUGAUCUUCACUCAGAA